AUGAAUACGAGACCAAGUAUUGAGAUAAAUAACAAGGCCGUAUCCUGCAUUCAGAAUGGCCAGUCGAAGGAAGCGCUUGAGCUGCUGAGAAUAGUGCUCGCUGACUUGAAAGAUCAAUUCGCUGCGAGCGACAACAAUUUAUUUCCCGUUUCAUCCUCGCGAUGCACUGUACCUGUCAUCGACGACUUUUCCUCCACCCCGUGCGUUCGGCCUUACACUCAUGUCGAUAGCACCUUCGAGUUAUCAAGAACGGCUUCAUAUAAUAGCUACGAACACGGACCCGAUGCAAUGAUGGAAGCCGUACAGGCAAGGUCUUCAAUUCGACCUGUUCCCGUUCUUGAUGAUAUUCUUCUACAACAGAGCAUUGCUAAGGAAGAAUGCGCUCUUUGUAUCUAUGAUCAAGCUUUACUCGUUUCUUUAGAAGAGCAAGACGGAGAGGUCAUCACAUCCGUUAUUCUUUACAACAUGGCGUUUGUUAAUCACAACCGUGGAAUUCAUCGAGGCCGAACUUCCUUUCUUUGUAAGGCUCUCCGACUGUACAAAAUGAGCCUCGACAUCCUUUUGAAGAGUGACUGUCGCUCUCAUUCUAUCGAUAUUCUGCUUUUGGCUUUGUUCAAUAACGCUGCCCAGAUUUAUUCCCAGCUUUUCGAUCUGGAAGAAAUGAGGCAAUGCCUUGAUUGCAUGAGAGAAGUUCUUGCUUCUGAUCCCCAAGAGUCCAGCGAGAGCGACCAGCUCGGAGUCUUUUUCCUCAAUACGAUAUUCUACCCCGGCGAAGAAUUCACCUUAGCCCCAGCUGCCUAA